AUGACUCCUCCUUCAUCCUCUUCAUCAUCAUCGUCAUCUUCCAAUAACGGAAACUCGACGAACGAGCUAUUGUUGGGAAUGUUGAUGAAUAUCAAUCAACAACAGCAACAACAGGCAGCACGGAACACCUCCUCGUUAUCCCACAACACCCCUUUCCUUAUCCAAACCAGCGUUAAUGGUAAUGUCAUGAACAAUAAUAAUUUUAUGCCACAACAAGAAUCACUUGUCAGCCAUGCAUUUACACCAUCAACUAUUUUCAAUAACAGUCAGCAAUUGCUUGCAAAUUCUCCGGCUUCCAAUAAUUUCAGCAUGCUGAAUUUACAAAACAAUCCAAACAACAACAAUCCAACAUGCCAAAUUUAA